AUGCCCACGCCCACGACUACGCCAAUGGACACCAGCUACCUGACCACUCAGGUCACCACGAUCAUAGGCCAAUUGCAUUCCAUCUUCGACGAGAUCGGGGUGCCGCGCAAUGAACGAGAGUCCAGAGAGACUGAGCUGUUCGCAGCCUUGUCCGAGACGCUGCACAACCAGCUGCGCCUGGUCAAUAAUGAGAAGAAUGAAAUGACCGAGGAAGCCCACAACAUCAUUAAAACAAUCAAACAGAUGGAAGCAUCGCUGGACGAUGAAAAGGACAACGGCUACGACCUGGACACCGACGGUUUACGCGUUACCUACCCCCUCCUUGAUUGUUUACGCGACCUCAAAGAGAAAUACAACGUGGUCAGCAGACUACAUCGCGAGCGGUUUGAGCAGGUUAAGAAAUUGGUUCAAGCUCUCGAGUCCUACUCCUCCCACCUCGAGUCGUCCUUCGUCAAGAUUCGACUGCCACCCACUUCCUCCAACACGUGCCCACCCAACUUCGAUCUGUCCCCCUCCUAUGUCACCACGCUCGACGAGGAAUUCUCCCGAGUCUACGAUGAAUACAACAGAAGGGUGGUCCUUGUUCAGCAGACGGCAGAAGAAAUCGUCAGACUGUGGUCCGAACUGGGUAUCCCUCAGGCGCAGACAGAUUCCUUGAUUGUACAAAAUUAUCGCGACACGCCCGAACAACUAGGUCUACAUCAGGCAGAUUUGGAUCGUCUUCGAAGUCGUCGUGACAAACUGAUGGACGAGAAGAAAAGUCGGGAGAAGAGGUUGGCCGAUCUGAAAAAGAACAUUGAGAACCUGUGGGACCGUCUGGGGAUUGAGGAUGCGGACCGAAAGGCCUUCCUGGCCGCCAACCGCGGCUGCGGCUUGCGGAUAAUCAAUGAAUUCGAAGACGAGCUGGCCAGACUGAACGAACUGAAGAGGCAGAAUCUUCAUCUGUUUGUCGAGGAUGCUCGUGUCAGGCUUCAAGAGCUGUGGGACGCCCUCUACUUUUCCGAGGAAGAGAUGUUGGAUUUCACCCCAGCCUUCUCCGACGUGUAUAGUGAUGCGCUAUUGUCAGCUCACGAAGCCGAGAUCGAAAGACUGACCACGCUCAAGGAACAGCGAGCCCCGACGCUGGCCGCCGUCGAGAAAUACAAGUCUCUGAUUGCCGAUCGCGAAGCGUUGGCUGCAUCUGCCGCCGACGCGUCCAGAUUGCUGUUGAAGCCACAAAAGGGAGAGAAGCGCGAUCCUGGAAAACUCCUCCGAGAGGAGAAGAUGAGAAAGAGGAUUGCUAAGGAAUUGCCCAAGGUGACGGCCGAAUUGAAGAAGACGUUACAGAAGUACGAAGACGAAUACGGACGCCCAUUCUUGGUCCAUGGCGACAGAUUCCUCGACGAGAUUGAAGAGACGGAAGUCAAAGCUCCUCCCGCGCGAUCCAAGACACCCAACGGUCUUCCCCCGAGAUCGAAGACGCCUGCAGCUACCCAAGCUUCGUCGAAACCGGCCGCCAGCACAUCACGCACUGCUUCGGCAGUUCGACCUCAGAGUGUGAUGAAAGGGCCUCCCCCUCGUUCGACCACGAAAACCCCCACCGCUGGAACUUUCCGGCAACGAGCAGCGCCUCCUUCAACAUCGACGGCGUCUCUAUCACAAGCCAAAUCGCCUUCUAAGAUCCCGGCUCGCGUUCCCCUGGGCAACCUCAAGCAUGGCAGCAACUCUCCCGAACGUCGGCCUGUCCAUCAACCGUCUUCUCGCAGCUUCCAGCAGGAACCCGUCCAGAAUUCCCCGCAACGUGCCAGGACAAUGGGUCCUCCUCGAGCUCCUCCACCCAAGAUGAGAGAUCUUUUCGUCCCUCCCGAACCCAGUCCAGCUGCCGCCAUGACCUCUUCUCACCUUCCGCCACCGGCGACACGACCCACGAGCACGAUAUCUUCCGGGUCGAACGAAAGUAGUCGGUAUGUUCGACCGAUAAGCCCUGAAGACGUGUAUGACGAUCGCGAGAGAAUGUCGUAUAUGUCAACGUCGGUAUUGAAUCGUGACCGACAACAACAGCAACCGCACUACCCACCAUCACAGCACUCUCGUUCCGACUCCCACUCACAUCAGCCCCAAUAUCAACCUUCUCACUCGCUCUCUACCUCGACCUCGAUACAGAGCCACAGCCAAGGGUCCCGGCCUCACCACCCAUCGGCCCCUGCGUCGACCAUGUCUGGCGCUUCUCGGCAAACAUCCAACACCUCAUCCAACAUGACCACGGGGACUACUGCAAGCGGCAGCGAGAAUUGGGAGACCUACUCUGACACAUCGGAGAUGGAACCGGAACGAGAUGCCCGCGAGGCAUAUUAUGCCAAAAUUCACGCUGGCGCGGGGACCACGACCACGACCAACGCCUUGGGGAUGAGCCAUAACUUGAACGGCAAGAGACCCAUGACCGCGGGAGUGAAUGAUGCGGCUUUAGCUGGACCGAUGGGGCCUCCACCUGCUAAGAUCAGAGUGCACGGUCAUCACGGUCCUCCUCCUCAUCAUCAUGACCGGCCUCAUGAUGAUCGCCAUCAUCACCAAACCUACCAAGUCCACCAGACCCAUGGGUAUCAUCACGGCCAGCAGUACGAACGGUUUCGAGAACUGUCUGAUGAAAACGUCAACACUGGGGCUACCGGCGUCAGAAUUGAGGGCAGCGAUGCAGCGUGGAGCACGGAGUUGGAAGAGACGUAUUGA